CUGGGGGGAGGAGUUUACUCCAAGUACCUGUGUAAAUGUGAAGGUGAAAGUUGUGUCUCAGUUUAGACCUGAAGUGUAGAUUGUUCUGUAAAACGUGUAGAUAUGCACAUAUAGUCACUAUUAGAGUGGUUAUAGAUUUAAAUCAACUAUUUUGAAUGUGAAGUGGAGGACGUGAAGACCAGUAAAGUUAAAAUGGCAGAGUCCAGAGUUCAUACUCAGUUUAAACUCACCUCAGGAGACUAUGUGGAGGCUGAUGUUGGUAAAGAGGUCACCCUCCCCUGUCACCUCUCACCUGACACCAGUGCUGUUGCCACGACGAUCAGGUGGUUUAAAGAGACAGAGUGUAUUUACCUGUAUAAGAAUGGCCAGGUGACAGAGAGGAGUGGCUAUGAGGGCAGAGUGAGUCUGAUCACCCAGGAGCUGGAGAGAGGCAACGUGUCUCUGAGGCUGAGAGACUUCAGGAGGUCAGAUACAGGAGUCUACAUAUGUCAGGUCAUCCAUGGAGAACAGAAGGAGGAGGCUGCAGUGGGUUUAUGGGAUAGAGAAGAAUGGGGAUUCUCCUCAGGAUCACAGUAUUUACUACAUGAGACCCAGGAGGACAAGCUGAAGAGGGAGGCAUCAGCUGGUGAGCUUGAGUUGAAGAUGGAAAAAGAAUUAAAAGAGAUUUUAAGACAGGAGAUGAUGAAACAACUAGAGGAGAAAGACACCCAACUGGAUGAUAUGACCCAGGAAGUGAGAGAGAAAGAGAGACUCCUGGAGGAGAAGAACCAGAUAAUGGGACAGAGGGAGAAACUAUUUGAAGAGAAAGAAAACCAACUGGAAGAGAAAGACAAGCAAUUAAAGGACAGAGACAUUCAACUAGAGAUACUGAGAAAGAACCUGCAGGACAAGAACAGCCAAGUAGAGAACUUCAGAGUCCUACUGCAGGACAAAGACCUUCAACUAGAGGACAGCAACCACAGACUGGGAGAGAAGGACAGACUACUGGAAGAGAGAGACAAACAGCUGGAAGAGAGAGACAAACAGCUGGAAGAGAGAGACAAACUACUGGGAGAGAGAGACAAACAGCUGGAAGAGAGAGACAAACAGCUGGAGGGAAAAGAAAAGGAACUAAAAGAGAGGAGGCAGGAAGUAGAAGAGAAAUAUAACCUACUAGAGGAGAGAGAGAAGCAGUUAAAGGAAAGAGACAAACAGGUGGAGGAUGUCAACAAUGAAAAUGCUGAACUGGUGGGAGGAGAGACCUCAGAUACAGACCCCACACUUCCACUGAGGAGGACAAACAGCAUGGAGUUACAUCCUCCAGAUAUGGGAGGAGAGAGCAGCAGUCCAGACUCCCCAGUGUCUCCCAGUGUGUCUGAGCUGAGACUGGUGCUGCUGGGGAGGACUGGGGCUGGGAGGAGUGCAGCAGGAAACACCAUCCUGGGCAGAGAGGAAUUUGGGGCCCAGGCCAGCCUCUCUGUAGUGACCCAGAGGAGUAAGAGGAGAGAGGGGGACGUGUGUGGGAGACGGCUGGUGCUGGUGGACACUCCAGACUGGUUCUGUCCUGGACUCUCUCUGGAGGAGAUGAGACAGGAUGUGGGGCUCUGUGUCCGUCUGUCUGCCCCGGGACCCCACGCCUUCCUCCUGGUCAUACCAGUGGAGCCCUCUAAGGGGGAGGAGAGAGGGGUGCUGGAGAGAAUAGAGGAGAUGUUUGGGGAGGGUUGUUGGGAACACACUGUGAUUCUAUUCACCCAUGAUGAUGGCCUGAAAGAGCAGAGCAUUGAGGAGUUUCUCCAAGCAGGAAGUCAGGACCUCCAGCAGCUUGUAGAGAAAAGUGGGAGCAGGUACCACGUCCUCAACAUUAAGGACAGGGCCCAUGGCACUCAGGUAUCAGAGCUGCUGGAGCAGGUAGAGGAGAUGGUGGCAGGAAACAGUAAUAGAUUCUACAGCAGUCAGACCUACCAGGAGGCGGAGGACCAGGUUAGAGAGAUGGAGGGAAAGAUCCAGAGAGAGAGAGGAGAGAGAAAACAGAGGGACGAGAGAGACUUGAGAGAGAGACUUGAGAAGGAGUUGCAGGACUCUCUGAUAAAGAUAGAGGGAGUGAUCCAGGAACAUGAGGGAGAUAUCAGAACACUCAGUGAAAGAACCAGUGAACUGGAGAGACAGGUGAAAGAAGAGAGGGAUGAGGAGAAGAAAAGAGAGCUGGAGAGGGAGCUGAAGAGGGAGUCUGAUAGGAGGGAGGAGAUGGAGAGAAAGCUGGAGAGAUUUAGGGAGAAGAGAGAGAAUGAGAGGAGGGAGAUGGAGGAGAGACACAGACAGGAGAUGGAGAACUAUGAAGGAGAGGCCAGAGUUGAAGCAGAGAGAAACCUGAUGAAGAUAGUCCUACCUGAGUUACAGAGGAACGUGAUGAUCUCACAGACAAAGAUGCAGAGAGAGUUCAGCAGACAGAUGGAGGAGAAGAAUAGACAGAUGAAGGAGAAGGAUAGACAGAUGAAGGAGAAGAAUAGACAUAUGGAGGAGAAGGAUGGAGAAAUGGAGAGACUAAGACAGAACUUGAAAGAGGUCAGGGAAGCUCACUCAGUGUUGCAGAAGAGACUGGAACGAGAGGGGAGAGGUCAGAGGGCACUGAUAGGGAUGUUGGGCUGGGUCAGGAGAAACUCAUCAAGUUGGCUUCUCCACAAUCUGAUAUGAUUCACCAUCACCGUCUAUGUGUAGAACCAGACCAGGUCUACUGUCCACUGUACCGUGGUGAGUGACCAUGGAUCAUGGUGGUCAUGGGGAAAACAGGUCAGAAUAAUGUCUGGUCCAGUCUACAGUGUCUAGAGAAGGAGGGGAGGGAGGUCUGUAAAGAUCUUGAUGAGACAGAAUUCCAAACCAACGUAGAUUAUUGACCUUUGCACUGCAGCCUUUUAGAAUGGAGAGGGUUGUGGAGGGUCAGGAGGUCAGCGGGAGGAGUCAGAGACUGAGAACUCUAAAGAUCUGAGUGAGACUUUUACUCAGUGUUUGAGGAGGUCUACUAUUGAACAGAGAGAACCAUACUGUAUUUACCACACACUACUUCCUGUUCUUAAUCAAUCAUAUUGUAUGUUUCAUGUUGAAACUUUAAAUAUACACUGAGUGCACAAAACAUUAAGAACACCUUCCUAAUAUUGAGUUACAAUCUAUCCCAAUGGAACUCUGAUACCACAUGAGACUGAUAUUGUUGAAAUAAAGAAAUUGAACUUUGUAAGACA